AACGCGUUAUGGAGCUCGCGUGCAUUGUACUUUCCUUGCUGAGCGUUCUCGCGACGGGCGCCUACCUUUAUCUGCGUAAUCGGUACAACUUCUGGAGGAGCCGCGGUUUCCCGACGCUCGCCGAUCAAAGCUUGCUGUACGGCCACGUGAAGGGUGUGAACACGGAGCGUCACGCGUCCGAGGUGUCGACGGUGAACUACAACCGGUUCAAGAGUCGUGGUGAUGCGUUCGGUGGCAUCAACAUCUUCAUACUCCCGGUGGUUGUGCCGGUCGAUCCGGAGCUGAUCAAAACGAUUCUGGUGAAGGACUUUAGUGUGUUCCAUGACCGGGGUGUGUACAGCGAUGCCGUGGCGGAUCCACUCAGCGCCACGCUCUUUGCACUGGAAGGCAAGGCGUGGCGGACGCUGCGCCACAAGCUGACUCCGACGUUCACGUCCGGCAAGAUGAAACAAAUGUUCGGUACGAUCCUCGAGGUAGCGCACGAGCUGCAGAGCUACGUGGACGAACGGUCGGUCCAGGGAGAGCUGGAGAUGAAGGACAUUCUGGCACGAUUCACCACGGACGUCAUUGGGACGUGCGCGUUCGGCAUUGAGUGUAAUACGCUGAAAAAUCCGGAGAACGAAUUUCUCAAGUACGGGAUGCGGGUGUUUGAGACAAAGACAUUCACCAUGUUCAAGAUCAUUUGCAGCAUGGCGGUACCGUGGCUGACGAAAAAGAUCGGCGUGAAGAUUACCGAUGCCGAGCUCGAGUCGUUCUUCAUGAAGCUGGUCCACGAGACGGUGGAGUAUCGGGAGAAGAAUAACGUCCAGCGAAACGACUUUCUCAAGCUGCUGAUUGAGAUCAAAAACCAGGGAACGGUGACGGAUGGUGAUGGGGCGACCGAAGGUGGCAUGACGCUCAAUGAGCUUGCUGCGCAAGUGUUCAUCUUCUUCCUGGCCGGGUUCGAAACAUCGUCCACGACCAUGAACUUCUGUCUGUACGAGUUGGCGAAGAAUCCCGCCAUCCAGGACCGUCUCCGGGCGGAGAUCAAUCGCGCCAUCGAAAGCAAUGGAGGCACUCUGACCUACGAAGUGGUGAUGAACAACGAGUAUCUCGAUCAAGUCGUCAACGAAACACUACGCAAGUAUCCGCCCCUGGAGACGCUCACGCGUGUGGCGGAACGUGACUAUACGAUUCCCGGCACAACCCAUGUCAUUCCGAAGGGCACGCUGGUACAGAUACCGGUUUACGCGCUACACCACGAUCCGGACUACUACGCCAACCCCGAAAGUUUCGAUCCGGACCAUUUCACGCCGGAAGCGGUGAGUCAACGGGUCCCGUACGUGUACCUGCCAUUCGGCGAAGGACCCCGUAUUUGUAUAGGUCUCCGGUUUGGGCUGAUGCAGACGAAGGUUGGGCUGAUAACGCUGCUGCGUCAGUUUCGCUUUUCGCCAACCGAUCGCACUCCGGAGCGUAUCAGGUUCCAGCCGAAAAUAUUUAUCCUCACGCCAGAUACGGGAAAUUAUCUGCAGGUUGAUAAGCUGUAAGAGCCAAAUGCGCUGCUCGCAUCGCGUUUUGGGUGUGGUCAUCUGAGUGCAGUUGCGCAUGCGAAACCAAACACUCCCUCACCACGUUCAGAAUUUGGAACGCUUCGCUGACAUCAUCACCAUCAUGGCCAUGUGUACCCGAAUGUGUUGCGUCAGCAUGUAAAAUAGAACGCAAACUGUGCGAUUUGUUUACACAAGUUAAUGCGCUCGCGAUCAGCAUCUGUCCACGACGGGAGUAUGGGUAGAAGUUUCCCUAGGUAUCUGGAUAGGUUAAAUACCAGUGAAGUGGCCAUAAUACACGAUCUUUCGGAAUGUGGUUAAUCAUGCUGGCGAUGUGUUAUAUUUAUAUUCAGUUGAAUAAUGACAGUCAUACUAAUACGAAAAAAAAGUAUUGUCGCAAUCAAAGUUUCUCGUUUAUCUUCUAUUCUAAUACCAUAUAUUAAUGAUACUACUGAUGAUACUGAAUGUGCAUUCACUAAUGAAUGUUCGUUCGACCGGCACAAUUGAAAGAAUUUCGGAAACGACACAAGAUCAACAAGUAUUAUUUGUAGAGCUAUGCUGAGAAAUGUU